AAACGAUUUAUUAGUACUAGAACCGAUUAAUUAACGGAACAAAUCUAUCCUAUUGGCACUAAAACCAGAAAAGUAAACGCUAGUCACCGGCAGGUUAGCAAUGGAGAACCGAUCAGUUUCCGGCUCAUACUCUCACCAGAGCAGGUACGGUUAUCAUCAUCCUACCCCUCCCGCUAACCAUAACCCUAACCUUAAAUCUAGCCCUAAUUAUUAUCAAUUCCGGCCACCGCAACCUCCACCACCAUCGUCGCAACCACCAUACCAUCACCACCAACACAUACAACAACAACAGCAGUCAUUCAAUUCCCAAAAUCCUCACUUCUUUAAUUUUCCCCAAUCGCCCUCUCAAUUACCACCACCAGCAGCACCGUCGCCCCAAUUUAUCGGAGGUAACCGUUCUGAUUACAGAGACCACCACCACCACCAGUCAUCUCGGGUCUUAAAUAACCAGCAGCAAAGGACAUACCAUCAUCAUCAUGAUCCAGGUUCUUAUCCUAUUAAUAAUGUCAGACAUGAAUUAGUUCUAGAAUCUCGUAAUUCUGAUUCUAGGUUUAUUGAUGAACAAAAACAACAACAGCAGCACAGGGCUGAUCUUUUAUUUGGUUCAAAUUCUAGGGGUUUUUCGUUUGGUAUUCCUAACAAUCAAAUUGACGACUACGAUGUUGUUAGUAAGAAACAGAGAUGGCUACAUCAUCAUGCUAAUAGUAGUGGUAGAGAAGCUAUUGGAGAUGUUCAUAAUCCAAUGUUUAUUGAUAGGAGGAGUAAUGAAAUUGCUGCUGGUGAUUCCGAUGGAAAUCGAAUUCCUAAGCAGCAUUAUGUGAAUUCGGAGCUUCCAAGGCAUAGCACUGCUAGUGCUAAAAGUAGUAGCAGUAGAGAGGGUAGUUAUGAGUACAGUAACUCUGUUAAUAGGACUCCUACUCCUAGGAAGCAGCCGUUGUUACAAAAAAAGAGUGCUCUUCUCAGGAUUCAAAAGCCUAUUAUCAAUAAGUUUAGGAUUACUCGGGACGAUGAUCAUCGAGGGCAUCAUUAUGAUUCUAAAUGUUUUAGAGGGAAUAAGGAUAAGGAUCUUGUUAAUUUCAUCCACCCGGAUAAUAGAGGAAGUACCGGAGAGCCAUCCAAAGAGGGUAUUGAGCUUGAUGUGUCUUUUAAGUCCAAUUCACUUGUUGCCAAGGCAAUUGUUAUGCCUACUGCUGAUGUUGCUGAUCCGAAUUUGGCUCCAAUGAGUGGAAAAUUACAGAAAUUUUUGUUACCUAACAAGGAUAGUUCAAGUUCAUCGCCAUCUAAACCCUAUGAAGGUGCUAAAAAAAAGUUGAAGAGUGUUGUAUCAGUUGCAAUAGAUACUUUUAGUUCUGAUUUUAACCUAAAACCAUCCAAACACGAAACUAAAAUUUCUGACUCCAGUGGGACUAAAGUCUCACUUGGAUGGAGUAACAGGGAAAGUACUACGAAGGGUCCAGAGACCGAUUUGGGUGGUGCUAAUGUUUCUAGUAAAACAUCUUCUUCAAUGAAGGCUAUGAAGAAGAAAAAAUUUGUAAAGAGACCAUUGAAGAAAGCUGUAAAUCCUAAUUUGAGGUCUUCAGUUUCUCAGCCAACUAACAUAUCUGAUGUGCCUGUUAUAGGAGGUCAUUCUGCAUAUUCUGAGCAUGGAAAAGAUGCUGCUAUGACUUUGGAUAACGAUGUUGAUCCACGACAAUGCUCUAAUGAAACAAUUAUGAUGCCUGAUGAUAACAAAGUGGAGGCAUUUGAGGAGGGCACAACAUCUGAGAAUGGCACAUGUACUGCUCGUAGGAGAUUAUGCAUGCCUAAGAACAGAAGAAAGAGGAGCCGUUCAACAUCCCCCCUCAAUGAUAACAAUAUGGUAAAUGAUGGUCCCACCAAUUGCUCGCAUGAUAUCUCACAAGCUGAAAAAUAUUGUACUGAUUUGCAAAGUGAAAUUACCAGUUCUGACAUUGGCAGUGCUCAAGCUGCAGGUAAGCAGCUUUGUCAUAGAGGAGACACUUUAUUGCUCGAGGAUAAUGCAGCAAAUGCUAAUUCCACCGAUUACUUACAUGCCACCUCAAUUGCUAGCAAGGAUUGUACUAAAUCGCCAAAUGAAACUGGUCGUGCUAGUUCAAGUAACAUGGCCUUAGAAAUUAAAUAUGACAAUGGUUUGAGUAAGUCAACAGAGGGAACUGCUGUUUCUGACAAUGCAGUAGUGGAGGGUGGCUGCAAGCAAACCUGUACUGACAAGGAUAAUUCAUCUCUUGAGAGUGGUAUUGCUGAUCAGCUUGUAAAUGCUAAUUUUUCUGAAAGAAGUGGCAAAUUAUGGCAACUCACUUCAGGGGAAAUGACAAAUCAGAAUGCUGACACACAUGCAAGUUGCUCUGUUGAAGGGGUGCGGACCUUUUUGGGUUCUGAUAAUGGCCAUCUUGUUUCAAGUGUAAUCAGUUUAUGCAGCCGUGGGUCUAGUAGUAAGCAGCCAUUUGCAGAUGGGGCUGGUACAUCAUUUGAGAAUGUUCCAAGAGGGCGACUACUAAAUGGUUUUGCUUCUAUGGGUGGCAGUGAGGAGGAUGACACAUCUAACAAUAAGAUUGGUGAAAUACCUCAGCUAGAUUUGUGUAAAUCAGAGAUAAAUGAUGCGUAUGUAGAGCCUGUAAAUAGUGUUCGCAGUGCUUGUUGGGUGGAUACAACCUUAAGGCUGUCUUUCAAGGAUCCUACUCUAUUAGAUUUUACAGUUUCUGGAAAUGGUUGUGGGGAUGUUGGCGUGCGACCUUUUGUAGAUGGUUCAGUGGAUUUUUUAGAGGCUGGUGUUUCAAGUAGUAGCAGUAUUAAUGUUUGCCCAGACACAAGUUUGUUAUUGGAACAGAAGAAGAGAAAAGUAUCUAGUUGUCAAGUGGGAGUUUUAUCUUUAACAGCAUCUUCUAUGAUUGAGGAACCUCUGAUUGCAGAUAUCCCAGUAUUAAGUGUAGAUUUAUCCUCCAGUUCUGAUGGUGGUCAGACACAACUACAAUCUGCAGCUAUGGUGUCUGCCAUGGAUCCAUUGCGUAGUUCUGAUCUCGCACCUUUGCAGAAGGAGACCAUUGCAUCACUGCAUUGUUCUGGAGGAGGUAAUCAUAGCACUACGGCUCCACUUAGAGAUGUCGCUGAAGAUGAUGGUUUGAGGUGUGUGUUUUCUUGUUCAACAGAGGAAUUGGCUGUCCCAAAAGUGACAUUCCGCUGUCCAACAGGAUUUGAAAGUGACCAGUCUGCAGAUGAAUAUCCAGUUAUUCUUGGUAUUAGACAUCAGAAAAACUCUAUUUAUGCAGAAAGUGGUGAGGUAGAAAAAAGGGCUGUAGAUGCUGCAGAAGAACAACAUAAUACUAACAGUGGGACCCCUGAGUGCAUAUAUCCUUCCGAACUUCACACUCUAAACUCUGAUGGAAGAUUGCCUGGUGUGGGUAUGGAGGAUGAAAACUCUCAUCAUGUGAAAACUGGUGUACCUUGUGUGGCAAAGAGUUUGACUUCACCAAGAGAUAGUAAUGGAGUUUCAGGAACUGACACCAGUAGUGAAGUUAUGGAACUAGCACUUGAUGCAUUAUCCAACAUGGAUUGUCAUCUCUCCAUCACAUUAGAAAGCCAACAUUCCAUUGAAGAUGCUCGUGGGGAUGAUGGAAUUAUACUUAGGAAUCCUGUAAUUCAAAGUGGUUCUAGCGUAACUUCUGUUACUUCAGGUUCGGUCCUGAAUACAAAAUUUAAUUUAAACUUCGAUCAUGCAGUAGAAAAUGCUCACUCAUUCAGUAGGAAGACUGGAACCUUGCCAUCGAAAGAUACCAAAAGCAGUACUUGGAAUUUAAAUGCCAAUAGUAAAGAAAAGUUUGGGAUGAAGAACCAACAAAGUCAUGUGGUUUCUAAUAUAUGCCCAGGUCGCUCAUCUUUUGUUUAUACUGCUUCGAAGAAUGCAGCCUCUUCAAAUUAUAUCUCAAAACCACGUACAUGGCAUCGAACUGAUAGUCCGUUUCCUUCAGCUCCUCCAGGAGACAAGGUUUUGUCAAGCAUUGUUCCUAAACAAAGUCAAAAGGUUGCUAAGUUCCAGAGUACCUCUUAUAUCCGCAAGGGUAACAGCCUUGUGAGAAAGCCAGCUUCAGUGGCUGCCCAAUCUCAGGGUUUUGAGGGUUUGAGCUCUUCUGCGAAUCAGCUAAUCUCUUCAACUGCAGAAGAAGUGAAGAAGAAUGCUGCAUGUGACACUAGAAUCAGUUUGUUUGAGGUACCAGGCUUUGUGAGAUCAGGAUUAAGUGCUUCUUUUGAGAGGCCUACGACACCGCCAUUGCCUAACAUCUCUAAGACUCGAAAUCACUCUACUAAUGCUUUGCGAGAUUGUUUAUCUUUGCCAGCAGAGCCUCUUAGUAAGUAUGCUACUGAAACUGCCUCAGAUCCUGUGACUUCCGCUGAAAGUGAUGAUAUGUUAUUUACUUCUGAAGCUGCCAUAGAAAUUUCAGAGAAUCCCGUGAUUCAAACUGCUCAAAUUAACAAUGUCAAUUGCUACACUCGGAAAAUUGAUAAAAGUGUGGUGUCUUCUAAUGCCAACAGUAUAACAUAUGUUAAGCGAAAAUUAAAUCAGUUGGUUGCAACUUCAAAUCUUUGUUCAUUGACUGCGAAAAAUACGCCACCCCUAUUAACUGAUGGCUAUUAUAAAAGGAGGAAAAAUCAGCUAAUUAGGAGUUCACAGGAAUUUUAUGUCAAUUCAACAGCCAGCAUGCCCGAUGAACGUGCAACUACUGAGGGGCAAACUCAUCACAGCAUCACUUUAAGCAGCAGUUUGUCUAAGAGACUGCCAUGCAAAGUUGCGACAAAGACUCGUAAAGCUUCAAAGUCCUCUUUAGUCUGGACACUCCAUAGUGCUCAGUCAGUGAAGGAUGACAGUGAUUCAUUACAUCAUCUGAAGGUCUUGCCUGAACGGUUUCCAUGGAAAAGAGCAACAUAUUGGAGAAGCUUCAUGCCAAGCUCAGCUGCCAAUUCUGUUUAUGAAUCCUCGUCUACAAUUAGUAGGAAAUUGCUGCUGUUAAGAAAGAGGGAUACUGAAUACACAAGGUCAAAACAUGGAUUUUCUCUUCGAAAAUCCAAGGUAUUGAGUGUUGGUGGUUCGAGUCUAAAAUGGUCGAAAUCCAUCGAGAGACAGUCAAAGAAAGCUAAUGAGGAAGCUACCCUGGCUGUGGUUGAAGCAGAAAGGAAGAAAAGAGAAAAGAAUUGUGCUUCUCAUGUUGGUUCUUUGACAAAGAGAAAACACAGCUCUUCUCGUGAACGGAUAUUUCGUAUUGGCUCUGUUCGCUAUAAAAUGGAUUCCUCAAGACGGACCCUUCAAAGAAUAUCAGAUGAUGAGUCGUCAGGCUCUGCAGCUCUUCAAACUGUGAAGGAUGCUAAGAGAAUUUAUGUCCCCAGGAGAUUAAUGAUUGGGAAACAUGACUAUGUUCGUAUUGGUAAUGGCAACAAACUUGUUAGAGAUCCCAAGAAACGAACUCGCAUUUUGGCCAGUGAGAAGGUUCGGUGGAGUUUGCAUACUGCUCGAUCACGACUGGCUAAAAAACAGAAAUAUUGUCAGUUUUUCACAAGAUUCGGGAAGUGCAACAAAGAUGAUGGAAAAUGUCCUUUCAUACACGACUCUUCCAAAAUUGCAGUCUGCACAAAGUUUUUAAAUGGUUUAUGUUUUAAUCCAGAAUGCAAAUUGACUCACAAGGUCAUUCCGGAAAGGAUGCCAGAUUGUUCAUAUUAUUUGCAAGGUCUCUGUACCAAUAAGAAUUGCCCAUACAGGCACGUGCAUGUGAAUCCAAAUGCAUCUACCUGUGAAGGAUUUUUGAGGGGAUAUUGCACUGAUGGCGAUGAGUGUCGGAAGAAGCACACCUAUGUCUGCCCUACUUAUGAAGCAACGGGAUCCUGUCCUCAAGGAUCCAAAUGCAAGCUUCAUCACCCGAAAAAUAGAAGCAAGGGAAAGAAAAGCAAGCAAGUACGAGAGAAGAAAAGUACCCUGGGUCGAUACUUUGGUCCUGUGCAGUCAAAAAUGUCUGAACCUGGAAUGGCAGUGUUUAAAAAGCCCGCAAUGGAAGAUGAUGGUAACUUUUUCCUUGAAAGAAAUAUUGCUGAUUAUAUCAGCCUUAAUGCUAGUGAUGGAGGUGGAGAAAAUAGUAAUCCUGCAGACGAGCAAACAUCCUCGAGUAAUUGUUGUGAUAUGUUGGACUUUCAAUUAGUUGAUCUUGAUGAGGUAAUUAAGCCAGUUCGUAUAAUGAAUACCUGACAACAUAACCACAGCCUCUGCUUCGAGUGAAGCAAUGAGAAGCACAUUAGGAAUUUGGUUAAUGAAGCCCAAAGGUAAGGUUCAGCACGAAUCACACAGAGCUUGCAUGCAUCAUCAAGGGAUCUGGUAUCGGUUUCUUGUACAUGAGGUAAAUCGAUUUGAUCAUAUUUCUAUGAUGUCUGCAGUUGAAGGGCAAGACGAGUGGCAUCUUGUCAUUAGAAUGGUUAGCUAGGUUAAAAUAAAAUGUUAUUUGAUGAGCUUAGCCCUCGUGUUCAUUGUUCUAAAUUUUGUCAUAGGAUAGUACAGUGUCUUUGAUUUCUUUUGUUCUUUCCUUCAGCUAGUCUUUUAUAGGAAUACUUUUUGUUUUAUCAUCUUCUGCUGUAAGGAUUCGAAAUUGAGCUUAUAUGUUAUAGUGAUAGAUUUUAGAUUAA